CCGCCUCCGGAAGAGGACAUUGGGGAUCGGGGGAACUUCGGAGGGAGCCCGGUGGCGACAGAUGCUCAGGUACCAUGGACUCCCCUGGUGGGUCAAGCUUCCCUUCUGGGCUGCUCUCAGGGGGUGCGUCUCCUAGCGGUGAUGAAGGAUUCUUCCCCUUCGUACUGGAACGCCGAGACUCCUUCCUGGGAGGGGGCCCCGGGCCAGAGGAACCAGAGGACCUGGCCCUACAGCUGCAGCAGAAAGAGAAGGACCUGCUGUUGGCCGCUGAACUCGGCAAGAUGCUUCUGGAACGCAAUGAGGAGCUUCGGAGGCAGCUAGAAACGCUGAACACUCAGCACCUGGAGCGUGAAGAGAGACUGCAGCAGGAGAAUCAUGAGCUCCGCCGUGGACUGGCAGCCCGGGGUGCUGAGUGGGAGGCCAGAGCUGUGGAGCUGGAGGGAGACGUGGAAGCCCUGCGGGCCCAGCUUGGGGAACAGCGGUCAGAGCAGCAGGACAGUGGCCGAGAACGGGCAAGGGCCCUCAGUGAACUCAGCGAGCAAAACCUCAGACUCAGCCAGCAGCUGGCCCAGGCCUCCAGGACGGAGCAGGAACUGCAGCGGGAACUGGACACCCUUCGCGGACAGUGUCAGACUCAAACCCUGGCAGGGGCAGAGCUGAGAACUCGGCUGGAGAGUCUGCAGGCGGAGAACCAGAUGCUGCAGGAUCGCCGGCAGGACCUGGAGACCCAGAUCCGAGGCCUUCGUGAAGAAGUAGACAAAGGCCAAGGCAAACUACAGACCACCCACGAGGAGUUGCUGCUGCUUCGUCGAGAGAGGAAAGAGCACAAACUAGAGCUGGAACGCGCUCGCUUCGAGGCUGGCGAGGCGCUGAGCACGCUGCGGAGGUUGCAGCGGCGGGUCUCAGAGCUGGAGGAGGAGUCGCGACUCCAGGACGCCGAAGUGUCGGGUACCUCCCUGCAGACCGAGCUUGCCCACAGUCUCGACAGCGACCAAGACCAAGACCAGCAUGUCAAUGAGUGUGAAGGAGCCCAAAGUAUCUUGUCCCCGGAGAUACAAGAGGCAUCCAGUCCCCAGCCUUCAGUCCAGGAAGAGAGCUUGGAACCCCCCAAGAAGAGAGCAUCCCUGAGCCCAGUGGAGAUUCUGGAGCAGAAGGAGGCAGAAGUGGCCAGGCUGCAGGAUGAGAUCGUCCUGCUCCGCACAGAGCUACAGACUCUCCGGGAUGAGCUGCAGCGACAGAAGGAGCUGAGGGCGCAGGACAAUCCCGAGGAAGCCCUGAGCUGUGCGCUCGCUGACCGGGACGAAGCAGUGAACAAGGCCCUGAAGCUGUCCCUGGAGCUCAAUCGUGUCUCGCUAGAGCGGGACUCUUUGUCCCGGGAACUGCUGCGAGCCAUUCGCCAGAAGGUGGCGCUGACGCAGGAGCUUGAGGCUUGGCAGGACGACAUGCAGGUGGUGAUUGGACAGCAGGUGCGCUCCCAGCGCCAGAAGGAGCUCAGUGAGGCUGCCGCAGCUCGAAGACGCACGAAGACUGGCUUCUCUUUGCGUCUGGGAUCAGGGCAGAAUGGAGGCUUUCUAAGCAACCUCUUCCGAAGGACCUGAGGGCUGGGCGGCAGGGCUACCUUUUCUCGCCCUCGGGCUCACUUUCCUCUUAGCAGCCAAUGGAACCACUGGGCCUGAAUAACUUCCAAGUAAGGCCAUUGUCUUCCUUUCCCCAAGAGGUGGACAGAGGCACUUCGGGAGAAGGGGCCAGUUUGGGGGCAGGAGGCCCAGGUGGGUGGCAGGGCAGAGCUGUUUAUUUUUCGAAAUCUAUAUAGGUCUAUCUUUUCUAAGCUUCAGCUCCUGCCCUAUCUGUGUGACAGGGUUAGGGAUGGGCAUUGAUGUGUAAGGAUAAGUCAGAGUAAUAUAUAUCACUACAUUUACUUGGUCUCCAUUCUUGGGUAGAAAAUGCAAACAAGAAAAACCUAAAACUUUAUUUUGACAGAAAAAAAAAAAAAAGCUGAGUGCCGUGGCUCACGGGCCUAAAUCUCAG